CCCGUAUCCGGUUUUUCUUUCGAAGGACGUCGACCAAGUCGCCUCUUCCUCGAUCCCCCGACGAUCCUUUACCCUGAUAAAUCUGGGGAGAUGUCUCGGGGUCUGGUGCCCUGUUAACACCGAGAGAGAGAGAGAGAGUCUGUGUGUGUGUGUGUCUGUGACCAUCCGACCGAGGCAACCGUGAAUCGGGUUUGGGAGGACAAUGGCGGGAGGAUUUAGAAUGCUUCAUCUUGUUAGACCAUUUCUGGCUUUCUUGCCUGAAGUUCAGAGUGCUGAUCGAAAAAUUCCAUUCAGGGAAAAGGUCAUCUACACUGUUAUUUCUCUCUUUAUCUUUCUGGUUUGCAGUCAGCUUCCACUUUAUGGCAUCCAUUCAACUACUGGAGCCGAUCCAUUUUACUGGAUGCGUGUUAUUCUUGCAUCUAAUCGUGGAACUGUUAUGGAGCUUGGAAUUACACCAAUUGUGACUUCUGGACUGGUGAUGCAACUCUUGGUUGGUUCCAAGAUUAUUGAAGUUGACAACAGUGUACGAGAGGAUCGUGCUCUUUUAAAUGGUGCACAAAAGUUACUUGGUAUUCUAAUUGCUAUUGGUGAGGCAGUUGCAUAUGUUCUAUCUGGGAUGUAUGGUAGUGUCAGCCAACUUGGAACUGGAAAUGCCAUUCUCAUUAUACUUCAGCUUUUCUUUGCGGGUAUCAUUGUCAUCUGUUUGGAUGAACUCCUGCAGAAAGGAUAUGGUCUGGGAUCUGGUAUUUCUUUGUUCAUUGCUACCAAUAUCUGUGAAAAUAUCAUUUGGAAGGCAUUUAGCCCAACAACCAUCAACAGUGGUCGUGGUGCUGAAUUUGAAGGUGCUGUUAUUGCCUUAUUCCAUCUACUGAUUACUCGGACUGAUAAAGUCCGUGCUCUUCGUGAGGCUUUCUACCGUCAGAAUCUUCCAAAUGUGACCAACUUGCUUGCUACAGUUCUGGUCUUUCUCAUAGUUAUCUACUUCCAAGGUUUUCGUGUUGUGUUGCCUGUGAGGUCAAAGAAUGCUCGUGGGCAGCAAGGUUCCUACCCUAUCAAGUUAUUCUACACCUCUAAUAUGCCCAUCAUUUUACAGUCAGCUCUUGUCUCUAAUCUGUAUUUUAUCUCCCAGUUGUUAUACAGGAGGUACAGUGGAAACUUCCUUGUAAAUCUGCUUGGUAAAUGGAAAGAGUCUGAGUAUUCUGGUCAAUCCAUCCCUGUAGGUGGUAUAGCUUACUAUAUUACAGCACCAUCAAGCUUGGCAGAUAUGGCAGCAAAUCCAUUCCACGCACUUUUCUAUAUAGUAUUUAUGCUCUCAGCUUGUGCACUUUUCUCCAAAACUUGGAUAGAAGUCUCUGGAUCAUCUGCGAGAGAUGUGGCCAAGCAGCUUAAGGAUCAACAAAUGGUUAUGCCGGGUCAUCGGGAGUCAAAUUUACAGAAGGAAUUGAACAGGUACAUUCCUACUGCAGCAGCUUUUGGUGGCAUGUGCAUUGGUGCAUUGACAGUUGUAGCAGAUUUUAUGGGUGCAAUUGGUUCUGGAACUGGAAUCCUUCUUGCCGUGACAAUCAUAUAUCAAUACUUCGAGACAUUUGAGAAGGAGAGGGCCAGCGAGCUUGGGUUCUUUGGCCUUUGAUAUGAAAACUUUAGUAAGACGUUUAAUGUUUAAUGUUGCUUAGAAUUUCUGUCAUUGUUUUGAUUAAAACGAAAACAGAUGUAAGUCGAUCUUAGUCAAGAGUUUAGUGCUCCUUAAAAGCUAGAUGUUUGCAAAUUUUCCUUUGGUGAAGGAAAACAGACGGUUUGUUCUAGUUUGUUAGACUAACAACAGUUUGGUCAACUCCAAGAAAAUAGAAUGAUGCCCCCACCAUUUUUCA